AUGUGCCCAUAUACAAGGGCUUUGACAGGCGAUAUGCCCUCCACGAACAGUCCCGACGAAGCACAAGCCUCGAGAGACGUCAGCACCAACCAAAACGUUGGGCGGCAGCAGUUGCCUUCAUUGAGUAGCCUAUUUGGCCCAUCCACGUCGCAAUUUCGCCCAUUGCGUUCGCCGACUUUCUCGGACCGUCCAGCAUUGUACACAACAUCGUCGUCAGCGCUUGAUCAUCCCCGAGGACCAGCUGGCAGUUGGGAUAGACCUUACUCGGCAUCUUCGUCCCCUUAUUUUCCCCCUCCAUCAUUGACUUCGCAGCCUCGCAGUACACCGGAUCCCAGACUUGAUGAACGGCCCCACUUUCCGCCACCGUCACGGGCGCUCCCAGGCCCCCUAUCACCCAUGGUCAGGGAGUCAGAGCUCCAACGGCCUUAUUCUCAGUCCGGUUUCAGCGCUGGGAACAAAUGGUCGCUGCGUCACGAAACUGGCCAAGAAUACGCGCUGGGAAACCGGGAGUACGCACCUUAUAGAUCAUCGCCCACUGAGCGACCCCAUAGUCAGCUUUCGAACGGCAUCCCGGGCCGUGAGGAAGACUUGGGCUUACGUAGCGAGCGACCGGCUACGCAACCACCAACACCAGUUAGCACUGGUGCCUCAGAGGUCAUCGUGGGCAAGGAUGGAUUGGGCCCGAAAAUUUGGACAGGAACGCACUUUUUGCCCAGAUUUGUCAGGGAGGAAAAGGUCGAUGGCGAAACGUAUUUCAUAUAUGACGAUGGAACCCGUUGCAAAGAUGUCAUUGAUGGCGAGAAAGUCAAUGCCCACUGGGGAGUGACAAAAGCUGGGAAGCCAAGAAAGAGGCUAGCAAUCGCCUGCAUCACUUGCCGGGAGAAGAAGAUCAAGUGUGAUCCAGAUUACCCUCGAUGCGCGCAAUGUGAGAAGUUUGGGCGUACUUGCAGGUUCAAGAAUGCGCCGCGGGGUGGACACAAUACUUCACCUUCGACUCCCGCCGCCGAAGUCGACGAUGCACGCCGGUUGCCCAGCAUAAUUCGGCCACCACCGCACGAGCACGCGAGGACGAGCGUGCACUCGAGUGGAUCUGUUUCACCACGCACCACUUUUCGCCCAGCAAGCCCCGAGAUGGCCUCAUCCGUGCCGUCGAAACGGCUACGGGUGGGCUACGACAUCUACGCUCCCGCAGGGGAGCACCGACCGCUUAUGGCACCGGCAGCGGACCACAUGAUCCGGUCCAACAUGUCCUGGCACCGUCAGCCUGAACUUCCUCGCGUCCACGAGGACACAGUGUGCCGUGCAUGGCAAACAGACCCGUAUGUCUCCGAUCCUGAGUCCGUGAUCAGCACCAUAACCUCAUUUUUUGUGUGCAUCGAUGCCACGAGCUUCCGAUUCCUCCCCGAAAAGGCAUUCAAAAUCUGGGUACAGAACAUCGCUCACCAUAAGAACAAGUCCCCAGAAGAUCUGAUGCUCGUCUAUAGCAUCCUUGCUCUCGGUUCCCUCCUAUCGAUUGCUGGGUCCAGCGGGCUCGACCAUAAGACGGAGAAAACCAACCACUACGCUCAGGUAGCCCGUUACGCUACAGAGCACGCAACGAUGUCAAUACAGCUUGUCCAGGCGAGAAUCCUCCUUUCCCUCUACUAUAUGGCUAUUUCGAAGCCUAUCGAUGCCAAUGAAAUGUCUAGCAGCGCUAUGUCGGCAGCGGCCUAUUUGCAGUUAAAUCUAGAGUUGGAUCAGUCUCCGGACGUAGGACGCAAAUCAUUCCCAUAUGGUUUGACCAGGGCUGGCUUUUCUGAGUGCAGAAGAAGGACGUUCUGGUCAUGUUUUUUAUUAGAGAGACUAAAUGGCCUGUUUCCAACCCGGAUGGCAGUCAUCAACACAGCCGAUAUCUUCCUCCGACUUCCAAUGGAUAUCCGCUCGUUCGAAGAACAAGAGGACGUCUCUGUGCCGGUCUCGACAUUCGAGAAUAUCAACUCUUCUGGUCUUCCUGAGCCAGAUCAGAAGCACCGGGAUAUGCAGGCAGUCGACAAGGGGACUAAAGCAGGGAUGAUGGGCUAUCUGAUUCAGGUGGUGGCCCUUUGGGGACAGGUCAUGGCCUUGAUAUACCAAGUUGCGCAUUCCGGUAGUCACCUAUCAGAAGGCGAAGUGGAUGUUAUGGCCGGGUUUCAUCAACGCUUACUGUCCCGGCUCGAAAGCUGGAGAAUAGCAAAUGAUAUCAAAGCUUCUGGAAACGCUAGCCCAGAUGGUACCAGUAUGUUACCACCCUUUACCAGCUUCGCCGUCCUUGAGGCAUUGGAUGUGCUUUCGGCGGAGGGCCGCAUACAACAUCUUCCAGAACUGAUUGACAGUCUUGCCAUUGCACGAAGUGUCUUGGAGAUCCUGGGUAUGGUAUGGGAAGAUGCAAGGGCGCACAAGACGAUGUUGGAUCAUCGACUGGACAGGCUGGUAGCCCUCAGGGAGAAAACUGAGGGUCUGGACGAUGCUCUUACCGUACCCCUUGCUGGAAGAGGAAGGGGGAAUAUGUCAGAGUAUGAGUUUGAGUUUGGGGGAACCCGAGUUUACGUUGCAAAUCCCGACGACAGCCUUGACAGGACCUAUCACAAUGGAGAGGAUGGCACCGUUUGUGAUGCAAAAGACGAGAAACGGGCUGCGGCUACAGUUUCAGAAGGUGUGCUCAGCUGGCAAAUGAGUGAAAUGCUUGAGACGAGGUUUCCAAGAGAGAUGGACUGCAUCUAUGCAGGACUACAAACGACCCAUGCGCCGAGAAGUAUGACAAACUGAACAAGGGAGGCGCCGGGCUUGAAGGGUUCCCCCAUGAUGAUGAAUAUGCAGAGUAUUCUGGAUUAUGCAACGAGAAUACGCGUGCUACUUUUUCUUAUUAUGAGUUAUGUGUAUAAUGAAGAAGGUUAUGCAGCACGGCUUAUAUGCAUGGGUGGCUGCGUGAGUGGAAGUGACGCAGUAACGGCGUUUCAGUCGAUCUACUUUCCACCUGUUCGAUUCUGCUUGUUUUUUUAUUGAUUUGACUUGGACCUUCUUGGGGUCACCCUUCUUCGGAUAUCUCGAUCUUGACUUUUCCCUUUAUCACUUCUCACAACAUGUACAAUCAUCUUCCAUCAAGCAUGUUGUUGAAGACAGCUGUGUCUGGGUGUAUUUGGCGGCUAGAUGCAUCUUCGGUUUCUUUUCUCCCUGUUGACCAUCAUC